AUUCUACAAGAACUAGAUGGUUUAGGAGGAAAGGAAUUUCGGGAAUUUCCCUAGCUAGCUUGAGGCUGCAGCCCAAAGAGCAUUAUGAGGCAGACACGUCGUUCCACAGUCACAGUCUUGCAAGCAGCAGAAGCCGAAGGGGCCGCAAAACAGACAAGAUCGACUGCUAAAUCGAGGCAGUCGUUGGCAACCGCCCCAACAGAAAGUGAUGAGGCCUCUCCAAAGAAAAGGAAUUUGGCCGCUUGUAAGCCACUAAGCAACAAAAUGAGCGGAGACGAGGAUGUGAGAUCUGUCCAUUCUGAAGAAUCUGAGGAAGAUGAAGAUGUGCAUUUCUCCAUCAAGUGCCUGAAAUGUGACGCGGAAUUCUCCCGAAAAUCGUACCUCUUCUCGCAUUUCAAACUAGCUCACAACAUAGACUUGAGCACGCUCACCCCAGAAAAGAAGGGCAAACACUCUAGCAAUAUAGAAUUGAACUUCGGAAAGGAAAAAUUGAGCUACCCUAAAAAUGGGAACAAAAAAAUUGAGGAUGAAGACUACUUUAGCUGCUCGUCCUCAUUUUCCAGUGAAAUAUGUUUUGUGGAGAAGAAUGACGAAGUCAGCAGUGACCUUGAUGUAGAAAACAACUUAGAUGACACUACUGUGUGCCCCGACUGUAAUACAAGGAUUGUUACACAUUUGGAUGCUGACGCGCAUGCUAAUAAAAAGUGCCUAUUGAGAAAACUGAGUGUCGAGCACCAAGACAUCAUCCUGAACCAACCUUUUGUGAACCUGCAAAGACUGUCCAAAGUAGCAACUCGCAAGAGACGCCACAACGUAAUAAACUUUCCACAUGUAUGCCCGCUCUGCAGUGUAAGGUUCGCGUCUAACAUAGACAUGAAGAUCCACGCUCAAAUGGAGCACCGAGUGGACCCAAACCUGAUGAAUUUUGUGAAAGGAAACGGAGAAGAUAACCACAAGUUCCUUAUAGCCUCCAGGAAAAAGAAGGGAGACUGUGUCAAGGACCCCAACCCCAAAAAGAGUGAUCUCGCCCAGAACGGUUCUGGAAAGGUUGCGUGUCAAUCCUGCUCAAAAUCGUUUGGGUCAAAAGUCAAGCUUGAAAAGCAUAUUGAGAAGAGUCAUCCAAAUGUGGCAAUUGUGCUAAAGCAAAAGUAUGAUCACAAUGCAGACCCUCUUGCCAAAGCUCUGGCAAAGAGAAUGCAGCUAACCAAGCAGGAUCCGAGAGCCCGAGUGAAAUCUCUCUUCAAUUUUAUGGGACUUCGGAUGCAACAUGAUCAAUCAAAAUGGAUUUAACGCCGACGCUGCUCUUAAGAUAUUUCCAGACCAAAAAGUUCUAGAUGUUGGAAAUUCCAGCUCAGUUUAUUUUUUCCUACAUAUAUUUUGUGCUAGAUAGCACUGUUUUCAUUCUGGUCUGUGCUGUUGUUCAAUUUUUUGCUGCUUUAAGUCACUUCCUCUUUUGUUUUGUUAUUUAGCACUUGUAAAAAGCGUGUCUCGUACUAGCUGCUAAAUAAACUAUUUUUAUUAAAUGUAAUCAAUUAGAAUUUAGCUUAAAAAUUUGUGGUCCAAAAUACAAUUAUGAUGAAUUACAGUGAUUGGCAUUGGUGAAUUAAGUUUUGAAAUCCACUCCAUCUCAAAAUUAAAUUAGAAUUAAUCAGUAUUAAUGAUUUCAGCGUGGAAUGACUCGGAGGUAAUAACUGUAUGAAAUGAUUUGAUGAAAAUAAAUGAAAUAUUUGUAUAAAA